AUGAAGAAAGAAAAUAAUUCCAGCAUCUCGACAGAGGUGCUUGUGUUGCAUGAGUUAGACGGGUCUGAGAGGAUGGGACGUGUUUGCAGAACUCUAAAAUAUCGACCCAAGAUGGUUUGCAGGUCAAAUGGUACUGAUUCACAAACGAAAAACGUUUCAGAGCCCGUAACCAGUGUGCAUGCCAAAGACACUGAAGUCCUGAGCAAAAAGCAUAUGUGUGAACUCUGUGGUGUGGAGUACGUCAAAAAACAAAGCCUCAGAUCCCAUAUGAUGAUCCACACAGGAGAAACGCCAUACAAGUGUAAACUCUGUGGAAAGGGCUUCAGACGCAGCGACUGGCUCGCUCAGCAUAUGGGUACACACAGGAAACCAGGUGACAAAAUGAUGGCAAAGAAAAAGAAGCAAUACGCUUGUGACCAGUGUGAAAAGACGUUUCCGAGACGGGGCGAUUUCCAGAGUCACAUGCGCACUCACACAGGCGAGAGACCUUACCCAUGUCCUAUUUGCGACAAACGUUUCUACAAUGAUGGCUGCCUUAAAAGACAUUUCAUGUGCCACGCAGAUGUCCGGCCAUAUACGUGCUCUGAUUGUGGACACGGCUUCAAGCGCUCGUCAGUCCUUAAUAAGCACAAGCGCAUUCACACAGGUGAAAAACUCUAUUCGUGUAGCAUCUGUAGUAAAAAAUUUCGCUACAAAUACAGCUUGACUUUGCAUCAGAAGAACCGUGUAUGUAAAAAUGUCAAGUCUGAUCGUUAGCAACAUGAAAUGGUCUCGUUAUAUCUGUGUAUGUCUUAAGGGUCCUGAUAAAACCGGCUGGAAGUUAGGGAGGUUUAAAUAAAAUGUGGCCUAGUCAUAAUGCAUGGAUGCAAAGUUUGGUGGUGGAUUAAAAAAAACAUGGACUUCUUUUACCUCUGUUUUGAUUCACUUAAAGGGAAAUUGCAAGCAAAUAAAGUUUUCCAGUUUAUUUUCAA